GCCCCUCCCCGGCUCUGACAUCACCGGCCAGCCGGGUGGAGUGAGGCGGCGCUGGGCUCGGGCUCCGGCUCCGCGGGCGGAAGAGGCGGCGGCGGCGGCGGCAGCGGCGGCGGCGGCGGCGGCGGGAGCCAAGGAGGAGGCUCCGGACGCUACUCAAGAACCGGGGACCCGGGAGUGCCCGCGCCCUGAGCGCUCAGCUCCAGAGGCGUCAUGGCUGAGUACGGGACCCUUCUCCAGGACCUGACCAACAACAUCACCCUUGAAGAUCUGGAACAGCUCAAGUCAGCCUGCAAGGAGGACAUCCCCAGUGAAAAGAGUGAGGAGAUCACUACUGGCAGUGCCUGGUUUAGCUUCCUGGAGAGCCACAACAAGCUGGACAAAGACAACCUCUCCUACAUUGAGCACAUCUUUGAGAUCUCUCGCCGUCCUGACCUACUCACUAUGGUGGUUGACUACAGAACCCGUGUUCUGAAGAUUUCUGAGGAGGAUGAGCUGGACACCAAGCUAACCCGUAUUCCCAGUGCCAAGAAGUACAAAGACAUUAUCCGGCAGCCCUCUGAGGAAGAGAUCAUCAAAUUGGCUCCCCCACCGAAGAAGGCCUGAGCAAGGGGGAGGAAGAGGAGGAAGGUUGGACCUUCAUCAGACCACUUCCUUCCCCCAUCCUCCCGGAGAGGGGGCAAGCCUCUCCCCCAUCUACCCACUUACUAACCUGGUCCUAACCCCCUUACUGUGCGCGUGUGUGUGCGUGUGCGCACGCUCUGGCUGUAUGUCUGUAUGUCUAGCUCAUCUAGUUCCUCCUUACGAGGGGAUGGGGGUCAGGGGCUGGAGGGGGCUUAGUUUCCCCACUCUAGGAGGACAGGAGGUGGGGGCUAUUUCUAUGCAAAUAGAAAUUAGCACUUUCCUCCACUCUCCCCUCCCCUUCUUUAAAGUGCGAAGUAGAAGGGACCUGCAUUUUCCUACACUGAGGAGCUGAGGUGGGGGUGAGAUGGGAGAGGUAGAUGGAUCCAAGGAAAAGCAGUGGGGAGGGAAGGUGAAGAGGCCACCCAACUCCCACCUGGAAGGGGCAAAGAAAAGCCAGAGUUCAGUAUUGUACCCUCAUGAUAAACUGACGGAAGAGUCCAGUUUCUUGCUGUUCCUCAGGUUGGAGGGCCUAGGUGCCAGCAGUCCCUUUCUGCUUCCCUCUCCUGGGCCUAGGAUGGGUGUGAGCCAGGGAUCUCAUGAGAAACCACUGGAUCCUUUCCUGAUCCCUAAGAUCAAACCCAUGGAGCAGCCAGCAUUAGAUGCCCCACCCACUUGUGCUCUGCAGAGACUAUGCUGGGAACAUACACCACUGAGCCUGAGAUGGGGAUGAGGGCAGAGGGAGGGGGCCCGCUUU